AUGCUCCGCACAGCGUCCGCAGCAGCAUACGGGCUGCGCUACGCGGCGAGCACCUCUACACUUUGUCGGAUCGCCCCGCGAGCCGCUACAUCAUCGAGUCGGAUGAACAGCAAACGCUUCAAGUCGACGCUCAAAAUCUUCCCAGCCUCCUCGUCAGCCCCUCGAGAAGUUCCCACGCCCAUCAUCUUUCUCACAGCCUCCAAGUGGACAUCGUCAGCGCCCGCCGCAGAAGCCUUCUCACAAUGGAUCCAGCACUUCUCUUCCCAAGGCUACGAGUCCGUCCUGCUCGACCUAGACCCGGAUCAGCCGUUAUCCGACAUCAAAGAUUCGUCAAAGCUCAUGGAGCUCUUCGAGAAAGAUGCGAUCGAAACUCUGCGUCAAGCUGGCUCAGCUCCGCCCUUUCCACCCGUCAUGAUCACAAGAGGACCUGCUUCGCUGAUUGCACAGACGUAUGUCUCGUCGCGGCCGCUCACGGCACUACAGCUGAUCGACCCACCUAUCAACAAUGCGUACUUGCGCAAGGAUCAUCCUGAGCUCUUGCCGGGAGAGCUUGCCGAAUUCGACUUCGAAGCCACCUUCCCCGUGCGCGUGGUGUGGUGUCAAGCAGAGCUGCAGCGACAGCAGGACAAACAUGUACCGUGGUAUGAUGUGCACCGCAUCGAACACGAGAGAGAGGAGGAGGCCGACGAGAGCUUGGAUCGAUACACGUAUGUUGAGGAGAAACAGGGUGCCGAGUCAGCACAAGAGUGGCUCGAGGAGGAAGUCGAUAGUCUGGACGAUAUCAUCGAUAGAAGCGAGCUUGCCGAGGAGUCGCCUGUGACGUCUUCCAGCUCGAAGUCGAACACCAGCCUGGAGCUGCCAGACUGGUUCACCGCUGGUGACUACACCCUGCAACCAGGCUCACGCAAGUAUCCUCUGAUACUCGACGAGAAGGACCUCGCCGAAAAGUUCAUUCGAGGCUCAGGGCCUGGCGGCCAAGCCAUCAACAAGCUCUCGACCAACGUGCAGCUCACUCACCUUCCGACAGGAACCAAGCUGACAUGUCAAGAAACCAGGUCACGCGAUCGGAACCGCGAACUCGCUCGGCGAAGGAUGAGUCUGACGCUCGAGAAGCUGGUCAGAGGCGAGGGGGGCGGUAGUCGGAUCGACCGGCAAAUCGAAAAGGAACGCAAGAAGAAGAUGAACAAGAAGAAGAAGCAGAAGAAGAGGCUCAGGGAGAAGGAGCAGUCAGCGCCCGACGAGACUAAGGCAGAUUCAUCGGUCAGUCAGGAACCAUAA